AUGGACCGGACGACUGCCAGCAGUCGGUGGACUUUGGGGAGGUCAGUGUGUCUACUUAUGUGUGCAAUUGGGUUUGAUCUGGUCCUGGCACAGAUUCGAUAUUCUAUUCCAGAAGAACUUGAGCACGGAGCAUUUGUCGGUAACAUAGCCGAGGACUUGGGCUUGGACGUUGCGAAGUUAUCAUCUCGCAGAUUCCGAAUUGUCUCAGGUGCCAGGAAACAGUACUUAGAGGUGAAUUUGGAGAACGGAAUUUUAUUUGUGAAUGAAAAGAUCGACCGAGAGGAACUGUGCGAGCAGAGUCCAACUUGUUUCUUGCACUUGCAAGUCGUCAUUGAAAACCCUUUAGAGUUGUAUCGAGUGGAGGUGGAGAUUUUGGACGUGAAUGACAAUGCUCCGAGUUUCCCAUGGAGCGAGUUUAACAUGGAGAUCACCGAGUCUGCCGCACCAGGCUCCCGAUUCCCGUUGGAGAGUGCACAGGACCUGGACGUGGGCACCAACUCCCUUCGCUCCUACCUACUGAGCACGAACGAACACUUCGUGCUGGACAUCCAGACGCGCAACGAUGGUAGCAAAUUUGCCGAGCUUGUACUAGAGACGCCGCUUGACAGAGAGAAGCAGAAGGCGCACGAGAUGGUGCUCACUGCCGUAGACGGCGGAACUCCGAUUCGCUCGGGCACGGCACAGAUUACUGUCACCGUGUUGGACGCCAAUGACAACGUCCCUUUAUUCGAUCGGUCCGUUUACCGGGUCAGUCUCGUAGAAAACGCGCCAAGGGGGACCCUUGUGCUGAAACUCAAUGCCACCGAUCUAGACGAGGGCGCAAACGGAGACAUUGCUUACUCUUUCAGCGGACACGCGCCCCUGAAAGUGCGCGAGCUAUUCAGCGUGGAUUCUUACUCGGGUGAAAUUCGAGUAAAAGGGAUUGUGGACUAUGAAAAAUCCAGCGUAUAUGAGCUUUAUGUACAAGCUAAAGACAAAGGUCCCUCUGCUGUAGCAGUGCACUGUAAAGUGCUGGUCGAUAUUUUGGAUGUGAACGACAACGCGCCCGAGGUCAUUCUGACCUCCGUGUCCACACCUGUGCAGGAGGAUGCACCUCCGGGCACGGUGAUAGCAGUUAUCAGUGUUAUGGACCGUGAUUCUGGUGAGAAUGGGGAUGUCGACUGCCAAAUCCCCACAAACGUCCCUUUUCAACUUCACUCGUCCUUCAAAAAUUAUUACACUCUGGUGACUAGCGAGUUUUUGGACAGAGAGUCUGUAUCUGAAUACAACAUUACUCUGAUCGCCAGGGAUCUUGGCUCUCCAUCACUUUCCACUAGGAAAACUAUUCUGGUUCAAGUAUCCGACAUAAACGACAACCCCCCGCGCUUUGUUCAGCCGUCCUACACGGUCUAUGUGACCGAAAAUAACGCUCCGGGCGCCUCCAUUUGUUCGGUGACUGCUUUCGAUCCUGAUUCCAAUCAAAAUGCCUAUCUGUCCUACUCCAUCCUGGAAGGGCAGAUUCAGGGCAUGCCCGUGUCUACUUAUGUCUCCAUCAACUCAGACAAUGGAAACAUCUACGCGCUGCGCUCCUUUGACUACGAACAGCUCCGAAACUUUCAAAUCCGCGUGCAGGCUCAGGACGCUGGCUUUCCACCUCUGCACAGCAACGUGACAUUGAAUGUAUUUAUUCUGGACCAGAACGACAACGCGCCUGUCAUCGUAUCCCCGUUACCGAAAAACGGAACAGUGGCUACAGAGAUGGUUCCCCGAUCUGUGGAUGCGGGGUAUCUCGUGGCGAAAAUCACGGCAGUUGACGCUGAUGCAGGACAAAAUUCUCGCCUCUCAUACCAGGUGCUUCAGGCGACCGACCCGGGGUUAUUUAGCGUUGCUCUCUACACGGGCGAAAUCAGGACCAUUCGCCGCUUCGUGGAAAAAGACGCCACUAGACAGCGACUGGUUAUACUAGUCAAGGACAACGGUCAGCCACCCCUCUCAGCCACGGUCUCUAUCGUUUUGUCAGUGGUGGACAACGUGCCGGAAUCCCUGUCAGAUUUCGGCGACCUCGCUCUCAGCCCCCAGCCCCACUCCAACCUCGCACUCUACUUAAUCGUGUCACUGAGCACCGUCUCGCUGAUCUUCCUCGUGGCCAUCAUCGUGCUGGCUGCUGUCAAGUGCUACAAAGAUCGGGACGCGCUCAGCGGUUUCGGUCUGUCAACCUUAGGAGCUGCCUGCUGUGUCUUUGAAUCAGAACCGCCUACCGAGGUGUUCAAAAAAUCGAACCUGAAUCUACAGAUUUCCUCUGGUGCUAAAGUGCCCACGAAUUGCGUUGAGCCAUGCAGUCCCGGCACUCCGAGAAACAACGCAACAACGAAAGGAGCGGAUAACCUUGCCUGGAACGCGCACAGCAGGAGCUCCUCGGUGAAUAAUGGAGCGACUACGCCAAGCGAGCUGAAACAGCCAAAUACUGACUGGCCUCUCACAAAGAAUCAGACAUCCUCUCUGAAAAGCUAUAACUCUGUAAACAUGGAUGGGACAGUGAUGCGCAAAGCCAUGCAUACAGACCCAGAGAACUACGCGAGUCCAAUGGCUGCAGGACAGUACUGGACAUGGGGAACACACAUGAGAGAGUACAGGAUGUCUCCUCCAACUACCAGCGUUCCUGCCCGUGCUUGGACUCCACGCUACACACCCACUCACCACCCUCAACAGCAGCAACCUACCUCUCAUCCCCAUCCUCCGCCUGACUACCAGCAUAAUGUUUACAUCCCAGGCACCCCCUCUGCCCUGUGCACCCUGAGGCCCACCCACCGCAGCGAGCUAGACGUCCACAACUCCUUCUCCACCUUUGGCAAAAGACGUCGACUCAUAUCGGCUUAUGACCCCAGGGAUGACACAGCCCCUGAGGUCAUCAACAAUGACCUUUAUAACGACUAG